GUUCUUAUCGCCCCAGCUGUGAGCAUAAGAAACCGCUUCUUAGGAGUCGGAUCCAAACCGCUUUAAUAUUGCAGUUUUAUCAGUGUUAUUUUCCACUUCCAAGUUGGCAAUCUCGAGUGUUAGAAACUCAUAACAUACGGUAAACAUCGCCAACGAACUUUGGACGGCGCUACGUCAUCAGCUGGACGGGUCUAAAGUCCAACUUGUUGCACCGAUCUUGUUGUUUGUGUUGUGUUUUGGAAUAGAGAGUAAACACAACAACAUAUAUACGCAUAUCUAGGAACAGUUUGGUGCAUUUCCAGAACUCUUCCCACUGUUAAACCGUUAUUAGCUGAGAACAGAAGAGAAAAUGUCGGCACUUUUGAAAAUGCACAGAGUUCAGAGGCUUUUCAGACCCACCCUGGUGCGCAGCAUCUCGGAGGUGGCCAAAUACCCAAGGAUCACCACCCACUAUACACUGAAUCCCCGCGAGAAGGAUGAACGGUGGACAGAGGUGGACAUGGAGCGUUGCAUCGAGGAGGUGGAUCUGGUGAUCGUGGGUGGAGGACCCGCUGGCAUGUCGGCGGCCAUUCGGGCCAAGCAAUUGGCAGCAGAGAAGGAUCAGGAAAUCCGAGUCUGCGUGGUGGAGAAAUCUGCCGAAGUAGGUGGACACAUCCUCUCCGGCGCCGUCAUCGAUCCCAUUUCGCUGAACGAGCUCAUUCCCGACUGGAAGGAGCAGGGUGCUCCUCUGAACACCCCCGUGACCAAGGAUACCUUCUCCUUCCUCACCGGCUCCGGUCGCAUCUCCAUACCCGUCUUCAAGGGCUGGCCCAUGGACAACCACGGCAACUAUGUGGUCCGCUUGGGCCACCUGGUCAAGUGGCUUGGGGAUCAGGCAGAGGCCUUGGGCGUGGAGAUCUACCCCGGCUGUGCUGCCUCGGAGGUGCUCUUCCACGAGGAUGGCAGUGUAAAGGGUAUCGCCACCAACGACGUGGGCAUUGCCAAGAGUGGAGCUCCCAAGGACACCUUUGCACGUGGCAUGGAGCUGCACGCCAAGACCACCAUCUUCGCUGAGGGCUGCCGCGGUCACCUGACGAAGCAGAUCAUGCAGAAAUUCGGCCUGAACGAGGGCAGCGAGCCACAGGCCUAUGGAAUCGGUCUGAAAGAGGUCUGGGAGAUCGCCCCCGAGAAGCAUCAACCCGGUUUGGUGGAGCACACCAUUGGCUGGCCGCUGGACCGCUUCACAUAUGGCGGCUCAUUCCUGUACCAUCUGAAUGAGCCCACACCCACCAUUGCUGUGGGCUUCGUGGUCGGCCUCAACUACAAGAACCCCUGGCUCAGUCCCUUCCAGGAGUUCCAGCGCUUCAAGACGCACCCCAAGGUGCGCGACGUCUUCGAGGGCGCCACCCGAAUCGCCUACGGAGCACGUGCCAUCAACGAGGGCGGCUUCCAGAGUCUGCCCCAGAAGCUAUCUUUCCCUGGCGGUUGUCUGGUUGGCUGCAGUGCUGGCUUCCUGAAUGUCCCUCGCAUCAAGGGCUCCCAUUACGCGAUGAAAAGUGGCAUGCUGGCUGCGGAGAGUGCCCUGGAGGCCAUCAAUGCGGAUACACAAUCGACGGCUGGCGUGGAACCCACCAGCUAUGCUGAAAAAAUCAAGAACUCCUUUGUUUGGAAGGACCUUUAUAGCGUACGCAAUGUCCACCCUUCAUUCCACAAUCCCCUAGGCCUGUACGGCGGUCUAGUCCUGAGUGGCUUCUCCAUCUUCAUGGGAGGACGCGAGCCCUGGACCUUGAAGCACGGUCCCCAGGACCAUGAGUCCCUGCAGCCCGCCAGCUCCAGCCAGCCCAUUGUUUACCCCAAACCCGAUGGCAAGAUCUCCUUCGACCUUCUGUCGUCGGUGGCACUGACGGGCACGAACCACGAGGGCGACCAGCCCGCCCAUCUGACGCUCAAGGACGACCGCAUCCCCGUGGACCACAACCUGGCGCUCUACGAGGGACCCGAGCAGCGAUUCUGCCCCGCCGGCGUCUACGAGUAUGUGCCCAACGAGGAGGGCGGCAACAUGAAGCUGCAGAUCAACGCCCAGAACUGCAUCCACUGCAAGACCUGUGAUAUCAAGGACCCCAAGCAGAACAUCAAUUGGGUGGUGCCCGAGGGAGGCGGCGGCCCCGCCUACAACGGCAUGUGAAAGGACAAUCAUCCCAGCCAAUUCGUGUACCGAAAUUGCAUUUCAUUAGUUUUUAACAUUGAGAAUUUGAACUUAUGAUACGGAAUUAAGCUUAAAGUUGCAAUAAAAUUGUAAAGAAAGUCAAAGAUUA